CUAAGGUGUCAGGAUGUCGCUGUCUAUUUCUCCAUGGAGGAGUGGGAGUAUUUAGAAGGAGACAAGGGUCUGUACAAGGAGGUCAAGAUGGAGGAGGACCAGCCCCUCACAUCUCCAGAGAGAUCCAGUCAGAGGACAACACCAGAGAGAUGUCCGCGUCCUCUCCUUCCACAGGAUGGUCAGAUGACUGUACUGGGCUCUUGGAGAAACAUCUCAUAUCUACAUAUUAUAAUGCAGAUGAUCCAGGUGUCAUAUCAGAUACAUAUGAAGAGCGUGCCAUUAUCCCAGAUGUACCCUCAGACCUUCACAGCAAAAAUCUAUCAUCUCAUCCUGUAAAACAGGUCCAAUCUUCUAAUUCAUCACAUACUCUUCCUCAGAAUGAAACUCACAGAAGAGGUUCUGGAACCAAAAGAGCUCAGAAAAAACCGUAUUCAUGUUCAGAAUGUGAAAAAUGUUUUACUCAGAAAUCACAUCUUAAGACCCAUCAGAGAAUUCACACAGGAGAGAAGCCAUAUUCAUGUUCAGAAUGUGGAAAAUCAUUUACUCAGCAAUGCACUGUUGUUCUACAUCAGAGACGUCACACAGGAGAGAAGCCAUAUUCAUGUUCAGAAUGUGGGAAAGGUUUCCCUCGGAAAUCAUCACUUGAGAACCAUCAGAGAAGUCACACAGGAGAGAAGCCAUUUUCAUGUACUGAAUGUGGAAAAUCAUUUACUGAGCAAUCUUCUGUUGUACUACAUCAGAGAAGUCACACAGGAGUGAAGCCAUAUUCAUGUUCAGAAUGUGGGGAAGGUUUCACUCGGAAAUCAUCACUUGAGAGCCAUCAGAGAAAUCACACAGGAGAGAAGCCAUAUUCAUGUUCAGAAUGUGGGGCAUUUUUCACUCUGAAAUCAUCACUUGAGAGCCAUCAGCGAAUUCACACAGGGGAGCUGUAUUUAUGUUCAGAAUGUGGGAAAUGUUUUACUCGGAAAUCAUCUCUUGAGACCCAUCGGAGAAUUCACACAGGGGUGAAACCAUAUUCAUGUAUAGAAUGUGGUAAAUGUUUUACUCACAAAUCAUCUCUUGAUGGCCAUCAGAGAAGUCACACAGGAGAGAAACCAUAUUCAUGUUUAGAAUGUGGUAAAUGUUUUACUCAGAUAUCACAUCUUAAGAGCCAUCAGACAAGUCAUACCGGAGAAAAGCCAUAUUCAUGUUCUGAAUGUGGCAAAUGUUUUACUCAGAAAUCAGUUCUUGAGAGCCAUCAGAGAAAUCACACAGUGGAGAAACCAUAUUCAUGUUCAGAAUGUGGUAAAUCUUUCACUAAGAAAUCAGUUCUUGAGAGCCAUCAGAGAAGUCACACAGGAGAGAAGCCAUAUUCAUGUUCAGAAUGUGGCAAAUGUUUUACUCACAAAUCAUGUCUUGUUCAACAUCAGAGAAUUCACACAGGAGAGAAGCCAUAUUCAUGUUCUGAAUGUGGCAAAUGUUUUACUUGGAAAUCAUCUCUUAUUCAACAUCAGAGAAUUCACACAGGGAACAAGCAAUUCUAAAUCCUUCCUGUAAAAUAUGCCAUGAAUUUCCAUAUUUUUAUAUUUUUUUGCAAUCAUUUAUAGCAAGAAGACUCAGCUUUGUUAUAAAAAUAUUGCAUAUAUAUUGAAGCAGGAAUUAAAAGAAAAUAUCAGUAUAUUCAGAA